ACGAACGAGAGGAGAAUGACACAAGAUGGAGGACUACCUGAACGGGAAAAAAAAGCAUUGACACAAAAUUGCUCAUAAAUUCUGAAAAGGACGUGGAUAUUUACCUUUACUUCUUCUCUUACGUACUAUCAGUUAAUUUAUGCAUUUCAUGGACCUUAGUAGAAUGAAUUCAUUUGGAGUAUGAGUAAAGAUAGGAAAUUAGGCCCACCCCCGCGAUGGGUGAACUGCCCUCGGAAAGGACAACUUGUCCAAGGAAAGUUCCUGCCUCUGAAAACUCUGCUUGAUGACCGCUACAAUGAUAUGAUUCCAGAGUUUAGCGUCUUCAACCUUGAUCUUCUCUUUGGAUCCUUGAAAACUAUGAAAGUAAAAAUGGGAUUGUUGAUUGAUUUGACCAACACAACCAGGUUUUACAACUCUAAAGAAGUAGAGGCAAAAUAUGACUGCCGAUACGUGAAACUACAAUGCAGAGGACAUGGUGAAACACCCUCAGUAGAUCAAACACAGACAUUUAUCCAGAUGUGUGCCAGAUUUAUUAACCAGAAACCCCUUGAAGUUAUAGGUGUUCACUGUACACAUGGCUUCAACAGAACAGGAUUCCUCAUCAUAUCCUAUCUUGUGGAGCAGUUGUCUUGGGGAGUGGAAGCAGCUAUUCAGUGCUUUGCGAAAGCCAGGCCCCCUGGAAUCUACAAACAAGAUUACCUACAGGAAUUGUUCCUUCGAUAUGAUGAAGUGGAAAACACAUUACCAGCCCCUCCCCUUCCUGACUGGUGUGAUGAGGAAGAAACAGUGGAUGACAAUGGACGAUCUCUAACACAGAGUAAUGGUGAGCCGCCCAAACACAGAAAACAGGAGUUCUAUAAGAAGGAUGCCAAGUUUAUGCUGGGUGUGAAGGGUGUAAGUCAACUAAAAUUACAACCAAAGCUGUCCGAAGUCCAACGAAAAGUUCAGAGCAUGUGUGAAUGGCAAAAGUCAGGGUUUCCUGGAUCACAGCCAGUUUCCAUGGAUAUCCGAAAUUUAAAUUUUCUAAAACAGAAACCCUACAAAGUCAGCUGGAAAGCAGAUGGCACAAGGUAUAUGACAUUAGUUGAUGGUCCAAAUGAAAUUUACAUGAUUGACAGAGAUAACACAGUGUUCCAUAUUCCUGAGCUCAGCUUUCGACGGAGAAAAGAUCUCAAAUCGCAUAUUAGAGAUACUCUGUUAGAUGGGGAAAUGAUUCUCGACACGGUGGAAGGGAAGACUGUUCCCCGUUAUCUGGUGUAUGACAUUGUCAGAUUUGAGGGACAGGAGGUUGGCAAAGUUGAUUUUAACACUCGCCUAGUUUGUAUAGAGAAAGAAAUCAUUGGUGCCAGACACAGCGCUAUCAUGCAGGGCUUGUUUGACAAAACCAGGGAACCCUUCAGCGUUAGAAUGAAGCCAUUCUGGGAUGUAUCUGUGUGUAGAAAAAUUUUAGAUGGCAGUUUUGCCAGCCAAGUCAGUCAUGAAGUAGAUGGUCUCAUCUUCCAACCAGUGCCUGAUGCAUAUGAACCUGGAAGGUGUUCAAACGUUUUGAAAUGGAAACCUCCAGAUAUGAAUUCGAUUGACUUUAAACUUAAGGUGGUCAAAGAAUGUGGCGAGGGAAUGUUACCUACCACUAAAGGAUACCUAUUUGUACUUCAUCAGGAUGCUCCACUGGCUCAGAUGAAGUUGACAAAAGAACUGAAAGAAUUGGAUGGUAAAAUUAUUGAGUGUUCGUACAAUGGGAAGGAAUGGAUCUUCAUGAGACAGAGGACUGAUAAAUCAUUUCCUAACAGCAUAUCCACAGCUCAAGGUGUGUGGGAAAGCAUCCGUUCACCCGUUACAAAGGAGAUUCUAUUUCAAGUAGCAGAACAUGAACGUUACAGUCCCCCCAAACCACAGCAAGGCAAAGACUUGAUGCCCCCACCAGCAAAAAUACCCAAACGAUGAUUGUCUUCUGUCUCGUCUUCAUUAGUUUGGAUGUUCCUCUUUAGUGCUCCUGAUUUGUGUGCCAGAAACAAAAACAUAAAAUACCUGUGAAGUAUUUCAUGCAAUUUAUUUAAGAUUUCAUCCAGGGUUGAAACAUGUAUAAAGGUGACUGUCAGUGCAGAUUUAAAGGCAUUCUCAGGAUGCAGACAAAAAUAAUCCACUGGAAUAUUAUAAUGUGAGUGUAAAUUUUUCUGCUGUGUUUUAAUGUGAAUAUAAAUGUCAGAAGUAAAUUAAAGAAAUAGGCACCCUUUUUAUCUUUUGAAGCAUGGAACAAAUAAAUGAGUACCAGAACAAUUUAUUUAGGUGGUUCAGUACUAGUAUGCAGUAAGCACAGUACAAUGAGUUGUUAAAGGUGACUCUGUUAUUUCUGAAACCUUGAAAUACAUACACAUACAGGGGUGGAUCCAGAAAAGUUUCAAAGAGAGAGGGGGGUGCAACUCAAGGUUAUACCUCUUCUGUCUUAGGUGUUGGAUGUUAAAACUCCAAAACAUAACAUUCUCGUUAAAUAUUGUUUAACCAAAGGGGAGGGUGCAACCCCCACCUUCAGAUCCACCACUGACAUAGAAGACUCCCCAAGUUUGUUUCUUUUAAAAUGACAUCUAGGAGGAAAUCAUAUUCUCAUGGAUUUCAUCAGAUGACAAUCAAAAAUAGCAAUGUAUGAUAAUAGAAAUCAACAAAACAUGAGAAAAGAAUAAGUCUGCCUAUUAUUUGUGAAACCAUCUUAUUUAUUUCAACUUCAAAUCAGAAAAUUUGACAUUGAUUGUUAUAUGUUACAUGGAGACAAGGAUUUCCUAUUGAAGUCUCAAAAGAAAAUUAAAAUGAUUUAAAACUUUUUAAAUGUUAACAAGUCUUUGCUUCAAUGUUGUGUUCUGCAUUCUAUAAAAUGCCUUUGACAUAUUCUUUUAUGAUGAGUUUUGUCACAAUUUCAUUCAAAAUCAUUUGACUGUCUUAAAAUCUUCAAAGUCCAAAUUUGCAUGAACAUGUAAAUACAUGGCGUCAAAAUCAUCGCAUAUUCUUUUGGUAAUUGAUGUAUGAAACAUUUUAGUAGUAAAAUAUAAGGAACAGCAUAGAUAUUUGGCACAUGGUGGUAUGAAAUGCAUAAUAGAUGAAUUGCAAAUGAUUUAAAUUAUGUAAAGUUUUAUCAAAGUAAUUGAAAUGAUCAUCGUGUACUAGUAAAUAAAUUAUGAAACAGUAUGA